AUAUUUUUAAUGGGAAUUUGGAGCCUCAAGGCGGAGUUAUGGAAACCUUGCUUGGAACAAAGAGAGCCUAGUAAUGGCUGUGCCCACGUGAUAUGACUUCACGAUAUAUAUACUGAGACUUAGAGUUACGAUGUCACAAUUCACAGGCUGUAUUGAACCACAUAACAUGGCAAACCGUGUUGUAUCUUUGCUGGCCCUUUGGGUAACAGCUUUAGUUGGAGCACAUGCCUUCCGACAGCAGAUGAUGGCUGCAGAAAUAGACCGUGUUUCACAAGAUGUCAGCACGUACCCUUAUCAUAUUGACUUCAAAACAUGUCCUAUUUCUAUUGACAUUGCCUACAUAAUCGAUGGUUCUGACAGCGUUUCCUUGGCUGACUAUGAAUUAGAGAAAACAGUUGUUAAAGUAAUGGCCUACUUCUUCGGGGUUAUGAAACUCGGAACGCACGAUGGUGUCGUGAACUAUGGUGCAACAGCAACGACUGCAAUUAAAUUCUUGGAUCAUGAAAAAUUCGAGACGUUUAGAGAUGCCGUGAAAGCUUUGACAAAGAUUGGUGGUGGGACUCGAAUCGAUAGAGCUUUAGAAGAAGCACAUGAUAAUCUUUUUAUGGGAGGUGGAGGCGCCAGAGACUCCCCAAAGAUCCCAAAGAUUGCUGUUGUUUUCACGGAUGGUGUUAGUGGAGGUCAAGGGUUGGAUGCUGCUGUAAAACCGUUAAUUGACAAGGGUGUGAUCGUGUUUGCUAUCGGUAUUGGCAGCAAUGUUAACAUCGAAGCAUUGAGAUUGUUGACACCACGUCCAGACAUGGUGUUCACCGCUACGGACUUUUUGGAUCUCUAUAUCAAAGCUGGAUUCUUUGCCAGACUGAUCUGUCAACACGCACAAUUUCGUGGAGAUAUUGGACCAAAAGGACAACAAGGUCUUGACGGGCCAACUGGAAACAACGGCGCUGUUGGGAGUCCCGGUGAGCCGGGUGACCGAGGUCCAACUGGACCCAUCGGACCAAAAGGAUUCAAGGGGGACCCAGGUUUGAAGGGAUUCCCAGGGGCUCCUGGGGUCAAUGGAGCUAACGGACACCCAGGUCCCCAGGGUGAUAAGGGACCUAAAGGACAGCGAGGAGGACCAGGUGCACCUGGACCACGAGGACAAAGAGGAGAUGAUGGAUAUGACGGUGAUCCUGGACCACGAGGACCUAAGGGAUUGCCAGGAGCAACGGGAGUAAAGGGUGAUGCAGGCGAGAAUGGCAUUGCUGGAAACCCUGGUAGCAACGGUAUUUCAGGUCCCAAAGGUCCGCCAGGCGAGAAGGGGUGUCGAGGGGAUCCGGGAAAACCGGGUGCCGAUGCAGCAAAUGGUGGUCCUGGUGCCAAGGGUCAACCUGGUGACGCAGGACCUAAUGGUCCACAAGGACCAACUGGUUCACCGGGUCCUAAAGGCGAUCCAGGCCCACGCGGACCUAGGGGUAAUCCUGGCGCACCAGGUGACCAGGGUAAUUCAGGACAAAAUGGUGCGAAUGGUGCUGAUGGUGAUCCUGGGGAUGUUGGUAACACCGGACCACGAGGUCCUCCAGGACCGCGAGGUACUAAAGGGGCAAAGGGAGUACGUGGAGAGGAUGGUAUCAAUGGAUAUCCUGGACCAAGAGGUCCAAAUGGCCCAAAUGGAAACAAUGGAAAUAAUUCCAAUCAAAGCAUCUCGUGUAUCUAUCGUCAAUCAGCGACUGGGUCCCUCUCUAUGUCCUGUAACGAUGCCAGUUAUACAGCGACAGAUUGUGGAUGUAGUCGAGGCUGUGGUGAAUGGAGGAUUUCAAGCAAUGGUCAAAUAUGCAGCUGUAAAUGUAACACUUAUGUUCCUUCCAGUUUUUAUUCCGUUGGCGUACAAUGUUGCAGACUUCAAUAGACAACAUCAAAUAGUAUGAACAGAUAUCUGCAUGUUUUAUAUGAAUUCAAUAUUAAUGUUGUAACGAGAUUCUUUGUAUAAUUAAAGUUUGCCAUUUUAA